AAAUUUCACUGGGUCCAUUCUUUGAACAUGCUGCCUCCAUUAUUGAUCCACAAAUCUCUCUCGUCCAACUCUCUCUCUCCCCAUCUCUCUCCUGCACAACACACACUUAUCAACACUUGAAAAUUCCACUGAUCUAGUUGCAGUUCCAGUGGGCUCAACUUCACCAUCCCUAUCUACUACUUUCUACUGCCUCAUCUCCAUCAUUAAUUUACUGGGUCACCUCUAAUUCCCUUUAUUUCACAAACCCUUUUGGUAAAUUUAUCCAUAAUUCAACUCAAGAUCCUGAUUUGUAAGUUCUUUAUGUAAAAUCUUGGCACCCCUUUACGUUUUCUCGCGUACCCACUAAUUAUUUGCUCUAAAGUUUCCUGCUUUAUGCUUUUUAUGCUCACAUAGUACCUCACUUGUAUAAAGGUAGUGAUGUGCAUAUAGAGUUCUGAAGAUUUGGGAUCAUUCAAGUUUGUUGUCAAGAGAAUCAAUGGGUGAAUCUGUGGUGAAUGCACCAGAUGUCCAAAAUAAGAUGGGAGGCUCCGUUAGCCCUAAGGGUGCUUUGGAAGUAUCGAUUUCAUUUGGUAGAUUUGAAAAUGAUUCACUUUCAUGGGAGAAAUGGUCAACUUUCUCGCCAAAUAAGUACUUGGAAGAAGUAGAAAAGUGUUCAACCCCUGGAUCUGUUGCUCAGAAGAAAGCAUAUUUCGAAGCCCACUAUAAGAAGAUUGCUGCUAAGAAGGCUGAAUUAUUAGAGCAGGAGAAGAUGAUGAGAACUGAUUCUUCAAGAUCAAAUGAAUUAAAUUGCACAGAUUGUUCAACAAGCACUUCUGGGACCGAUGCUGAACCUGAACGUGGUAUACUAAAUGGUCAGAGCUUUUCUGAAGAAGUUGAGUUAGAAACAAAUUCGCUCAGUGAGGUGAGUAGCAGCCUUGUUAAUGAGCCAGCAGACGUGGAUAGGAAUGGAAAUUCUUUUGAAUGCCAAAACACACCGGUUGAGACCGUAGGUGAAAAAAUAAAUGGGAAAUUACAGUUUGAAGAAGUAAAUUAUCCAGGAAAAGCUGAUUUGAUUACGGAGGAGAUUUCAAAAAUAUCAGAAGGGCAUCAUGACACAGAUGAGAAGCCUCUGAAAAUAAUUGACGAGACGAUAAGCAUGGUCAAGGGUCAAGAGGAAAAUUCUGAAUCUUAUGCACACAAUACAGAUCAAAAGGUACAGCAGACCAAGGAGCAGAAUUCAGCUUUAAAUAUGAACAAGAAAUCAGUUUUACCUACAACUAAAUCAACUGGAUUGUCAACUUUCACAAACCCUAGAUUACCCAUGUCCAUGUCAACCUCCACUCCAAGAUCGUCCAAGCCAGUAUCAAACGCCACUCCAAGAUCGUCCAAGCCAGUAUCAAACUCCACUCCAAGAUCUUCAAAGCUGGUAUCAACCUUUACUCCAAGAUCGUCUAAACCAGUAUCAACUUCCACUCCAAGAUCGUCAAAGCCGGUAUCAACUUCCACUCCAAUAUUGUCUAAGCCGUUAUCAACCUCCACUCCAAGAUCAUCUAAGGCCUUAUCAACCUCCACUCCAAGAUCGUCUAAGCUGGUACCAACCUCCACUCCAAGAUCGUCAAAGUCGGUACCAGCCUCCACUCUAAGACCGUCUAAGACAGGGUCAGCAGCCACCUCCAGGUUGUAUAAGCCACUCUCGACAUCAAGUCCCGCAUUACCCAAGUCGGUAUCAACAUCUGCUCCAAGAUUGACAAAGCCGGCAUCAGCUUCCACUUCUAGAUUGUCAAAGCCGGCAUCAAACCCUAUGGUGCGACCUGUAUCUCAAUCUUCAACACGAAAGCUAAAUGUAUCAACAGGGAGCAAAAUUUCUUCUGGAGCAGAAAUCAGACAAGCAGCUCCUACAGCACUUAAUAAGUCUCUUGAUAUGGUUACCUUUAGUCCAUCUAGACAGUCUUUUAUUAUGGAGCAGAUGGGGGACAAAGACAUUGUUAAACGAGCUUUUAAGUCAUUCCAGAACAAUUUAAACCAGUUACAACCAUCUCAUGUUGAAAAUCCAUGUGGCUCAAGGCCGAUAUCAGCAAGGGGGUCAUCAGAGCAUCAAGCUUCAAGUUCUGUAACUUCUCAGAAAGAGAAUGAAAGAACAAGGAAGGCAACAGGGAAGAUGAAUGCUCAAAAAAAUCUUACUGGAACUAAAUGGAGUACUACAUCAUCAAGGUCACUCGUAGAAACCGGGGCAGGAAUAUAUCUGAAGCCAGAUUCAUCUUCUUCCAGCCCAAUAAGUGAAGAAAGAGCAGAAAAGCGGAAAGCGUUUCUCAAAAAUCUGAAGGAAAAGUCUUAUGCCAGGGAAGAAGAAAAGAGACGUCUUAGCUCAGAACCAAAGGAGGCAGUUGAGAACAAUAUUGGUCAACAAAGCUGAAUGGCAUGCAUAAUCUUCGACAUCUCUAUGUAAAUCCCAGCCUUUGCGAGAUAAAAAGAUGUACUAUACAUGUGAAGUAGCACAAAAUUGCAGCGGGGAAGACCCCAGUUGACAAAAAGAUGCACUUAUACAGGAAAUUGUUUCACCGAGAAUCUACCGCAUUAUGAGUACAUUCUAACAGCAAGACAAUAUAGUAGCAUGAACUACCCGCUGAUGCUGGCAGUGGCUGGCUGAUUGUUUGGCCAGUUGGUCGUGUCUUUCAUACUGUCAGCAAACAACGACAGGGGAUGCUAGGGUCUCUAAAUUUCGAGUUUGCAUUUUAGAAUCAUAAAAGCUUCUCUGAAAGCGUUGUACUUCAUUACAUCGUUGCAAUGCUAGUGCAAUAGAUAAUUAUGAAGAAUUGGAUCUGAAUGUGCAAAUAUUUAAACUUAGUUAUCUUAAAAUAUUGUACUCCCCCCCUUAAAA